GUAUCUAGCCUGCAUUUGCUCUGAUUUUACUGGCGAUUUAGUACAAUAGACACGCAUACACAUCGUCUUAUCAAACGACACUACUUACCAUCCAAGUCGAAGUAGACAUCAUCUAGUCCGCCGCUGUGCCUUGCGUGUUCAACCUACCCCAUAUUUGCCCAUACCCAUGAACGAAAGGGAAAAAAAAUCUUGUUUCCCACCAGCCCGCCAACACGCAACAACCAGGAUUAAAUCUCGCCAAAGAGAUGAACCCAGCAAGCAAGAUCCUGAAUCUGGACCUCGAUGACAUCACACCAUCUUAUUUUCCUGCUUCUUCCAAUCUUUUUUAAUGUAUGGAGUUCCACCAGCCUCGUUGCUGGUUUUCCCUCUCAUAAUUCCACUUAAUCCACCUUCACGAAAACCAACUAUAAAGACCUUCUCAGAGCAAUUUUUUUCCCCGAACGGUUUCCUUUCUGAUGUCCUUUAUACUCGAACCAUCAUCCGAAGCCUAUCGCGAACGUAAAGCCAAGAAAUCGCGCUCGCAGCCUCAAGCUCAAGACCAACAACUCCAGAGCCAAUCCUCCCCCCAACCCCAAAACAUGUCUAUGCAACAACAGCAAAACGGCGGGCAACUAGCCCGCAACUUCCAACAAAACCCCCAACAAGCAAAACAGCCCGAGACCAGCAAACCUCGAUACAAGGGAGGAAACUACGGACCGGGCACCAUAUCGCAACGUAUUGAAAAAGCCAUGUACGAUCUCGAGCACCAAACCUGGCGCUGUCGUCUCGACAAGCCCUCCGCCCUCCUCGAAUACAUUGAUCCCAAAGCCGUCUUUGCAUCUCCCGAGUACGGAAUCCUGACCAACGAUUCCGAGCCGACAUUAAAGGAAACGCUCGAGGAUGACGACAUGCGGACGUGGAACUCGUACGAGAUCAAAGAUAUGAAGAUUGUAGAGGUGAGCAUGAUGGCCGCGACGGUCGUGUACGAUGUGACGGCGAGUAUUACGGAUGAGAAGGGAUAUCCAAAGGGCAUUUAUAAGGCAUAUUGUACGAGUUGUUGGAAACAGGAGGCGAGUGCGGAUUGGAAGUUGUGUACUUAUACCGAGGCGCCGCAUUCUUAGUGGGGGGGUGGGAGAGCGGGGAUGGUUCGCAGAGGCUUGCUUGAAUGGAUGGAAUAAGUAAAAGGAGGGUUUAAUUAUGAUGCUAUGUUAUGUCUUGGUGGAUGGAUGUACAUGGUGUCUGAUGGAUGAGGCGUGGGUUGGCAUGGCACGGGCAUGUUUGGUGUUUGGAUAGGUAGGAUGAUAUAGGAGUUUUAAUGGAUAUUUCGUCGUCACCA